UCCAAGCGCCGGGUAAUUUGACAGCCGGGUCCUUCCUUCUUCUGCAGCACCCGGCGAUCUGGAAGCUUCUAACUAGGGUGCUGGUAUCGGCUCCUUAAUCUGAGUCCAUCCGAAGCCGAACUGUGGUGUUUCAGCGCCAGAGUUCACUAGUCUGACUCUGAAGACUCCCCUUAACAUUUCCCAUCGAUUAUAAAGUCAAGAUGCCUGAAGCGAUGGCAGCACCGAAGGCUUCCAACGGAGGCAAAAACAAAGGAGGGGCGUAUGUGGACCGCGACAAACCGGCGCAGAUUCGCUAUAGUAACAUUUCUGCUGCCAAAGCUGUUGCAGAUGCCAUCAGAACAAGCCUGGGCCCCAAAGGCAUGGACAAGAUGAUCCAGGAUGAGAAGGGUGAUGUAACCAUUACCAAUGAUGGGGCCACCAUCCUGAAGCAGAUGCAGGUGCUCCACCCCGCUGCUAAAAUGCUGGUGGAACUGUCCAAAGCCCAAGACAUUGAGGCUGGUGAUGGCACCACCUCUGUGGUGGUGAUAGCUGGAGCGCUGCUGGAUGCCUGCUCCAAGCUGCUGCAGAAAGGUAUCCACCCCACCAUCAUUUCGGAGUCGUUCCAAAAGGCAGUCGAUAAGGGCGUGGAGGUGCUAACGGGCAUGAGCCAGCCAGUGCAGCUGAGUGACCGUGAGACGCUGCUCAACAGUGCCACCACGUCACUGUGCUCCAAGGUGGUGUCACAGUAUUCAAGCCUGUUGGCACCCAUGAGUGUGGAUGCUGUUAUGCGAGUCAUUGACCCAGCCACAGCCACUAGUGUCGACCUACAGGACAUCAAAAUCAUCAAGAAGCUUGGAGGCACCAUUGAUGACUGUGAGCUGGUAGACGGCCUUGUGCUGACCCAGAGAGUUGCCAACACUGGUGUGACCCGAGUGGAAAAGGCCAAAAUUGGCCUUAUUCAGUUCUGUCUGUCCCCUCCCAAGACUGAUAUGGACAACCAGAUCGUGGUGUCAGACUACGCCCAAAUGGACCGCGUGUUGCGGGAGGAGCGUGCUUACAUCCUCAACUUGGUAAAGCAGAUUAAGAAGGCUGGCUGCAACGUGCUGCUCAUCCAGAAAUCCAUCCUCAGAGAUGCUCUUAGUGACCUCGCCCUGCACUUCCUCAACAAAAUGAAGAUCAUGGUGGUGAAGGAGAUCGAGAGAGAGGAUAUUGAGUUCAUUUGCAAGACUAUUGGCACCAAGCCCAUCGCCCACAUCGACCACUUCACUCCAGAGAUGCUCGGCACUGCAGAGCUAGCAGAGGAAGUCAACCUGGAUGGGUCCGGCAAACUAGUCAAGAUCACAGGCUGCACGAGCCCUGGGAAGACGGUGAGCAUUGUGGUGCGCGGCUCCAACAAGCUUGUGAUUGAGGAGGCAGAGCGCUCCAUCCAUGAUGCUCUGUGCGUCAUCCGCUGCCUGGUCAAGAAGAGGGCUCUCAUUGCUGGAGGUGGUGCUCCAGAGAUUGAGCUGGCUGUGCGUCUGGCAGAGUACUCACGCACACUGGCUGGCAUGGAGGCCUAUUGUGUGCGGGCAUACGCUGAUGCCCUGGAGGUGAUCCCAUCGACGCUUGCCGAGAAUGCUGGCCUGAACCCCAUCUCCACUGUGACGGAGCUCCGUAACAGACACGCACAGGGAGACAAGAUGGCUGGCAUCAAUGUUCGCAAGGGAGGGAUCUCCAACAUCCUUGAGGAGCUGGUGGUGCAGCCUUUACUGGUCUCCAUCAGUGCACUGACACUGGCCACUGAGACGGUCCGUAGCAUCCUGAAGAUUGAUGAUGUGGUGAACACCCGAUAGGUCUGUCCAUUGAGUUUUGUCACUAAGCCUGCUCACACUGCAAGGGAUCAGAGGACUCUGUUAACACCAUUCUGUUCAGAUUUCCACUGUAGUUGUUACGUUGCAUAAUUUAAUAAAAAAACAACUUGUUUUUUUUGUUGACAUUCA